AUGAAAAUAGGAAAAUAUACAAAACAAACAAACUUUCUUACUUUGCCAGACGGUAAAUCAAGGCUGUAGAUUUAUUUAUGUUUGUUAAUAUUGUUUGCUAUAGUCUCUAUUCAAAAGUACUUUAUGAGAUAGGUUGUUCUAAGGGACUGUUCGUUAAUUAUGGCCAAGGGGGGGAGGAGGCUGGUGUUCAGAAUGGGGCGGUACAAAUUUCAAAAUCAGAAAAAAGUGGGGUGUACAUUUUUUGAGUCGAUGAAAAAUGGGGGGGGGUACAAUUUUAGUUCUAGCAAUUUCAUACAUUGCUUGACUUUGAUAGUAUGCAAAGAAAUAUUGGGCAAAAAUAAAAGAAAUUUCUAGAUUAGCAGAAAAACACUAUAGUUAAAUAUUUAACAAGCCCCAGGCUAUAGAUUAAGUAUGGACAGAUGUGUAACUUCAGUAAAAAAGUUGCCCCAUGGGCGCCAUUUUCCUAGCAAGUGUCGCCCGUGUGAUUAUUCGUCAUUUGGUAAUGUCACAGAAUAGAAAAUAGACCAGAAGGUCCACUUAGCCAAAAUUAUGUCCGAAAUUUUUCAUGCGCAGGCGCGAGCCAGCAAGUGUAAUCACCACGACAUCAAACACAAGCAAUACGCUAUCACUUGAUAAAGAUCACCAUUUUUAAAUGCCACAGGUCCAAAUAAUGGGUCAUUGCAACAGGAAGACACAACUUAAAACCCAAAAGCAUAAAAUAUUUACACAAUAAUUGCAGAAUAUGCGCGCACACUUCGAGCAUGUUUUGUGAAUUUCAAGAAAAAACGUUGAUUUGAGGAAUUGAUGCCAGAUUGACGCUGACGAACGCUGACGUGAUGUUCGCAGCAAGUGCCACACACAUCAUCUCGCGUGCGAAAUUUGUGAUAUGCAAGGCGAAAAUCGCGGACACGAAAAUGUUAAAGAAAGGUGUACAGUGAGGCUUCUGGUCUAUUUUCAAUUCUGUGAUAAUGUCAUUGCUUUUGAAAAUGCUUUCAACACCUAGCUUUUCUACAACUUUACAAAUGAUGUUGUUGAUUGUUUAAGGAAAUAAUUGUCCGGGGGAAAAUUUUUCUCGCAUGAUUUUUUUUUUUUUGGGGGGGGGGGUACAAUUUUUAAAACGUUGAAUUUUAGGGGGGGCGUACAUUUCUUGAUAAACUCCCUAAAAAAAACCCCUAAAAAACCCCCUAAUAAACUCCCUAAAAAACUCCCUAAAAAAAUUAAUUUCUUUUUGUCAAAACCAAAAAAGAAAUUAAUUUUGUGACCAAAAAUGGCAAAUUUAAACGAAAAUGCCAAAACACAUAUCGAUAGAUUUUCGUUUAAUAUCGAUGGAUGUUGCGAAGCAAUUUGUGGCUACUUGAGUGUGGGGCACUUAAAGUGUUAAACAAUGGGAAGUGACCAGCCUGCUUUGCACGCACUGUUUGCCUGUGAAUCGGGCCGGAAAUCGGGCUGGAGCGUGUGUACUCUAAUUCUUUCUGUCACUUUCAUUUGAUCUUACAGUAUCUGUGAGUCGGCCUCAACAGCCUUUGACCUACUCUAAUUCUACAUGGGAAUUUCAUGUACUACAUAGAAUUACGGUAGCAUGUUAAUCAGCAAGAAAAAAGACCUCAAUAUGAACAUUGAUAUUCAAGGCAAUAUUCAUGGAUGUGCGGAAAUACCAGAUUUUUUUCGAGUGUUGAACAUGGGGGGGGGCUUGAGCCCCCAAUACAUGCCGCUGGGUUACAUCCUAACGUUCGAUGUUAUAUCGAUAUUGUAUCAUCUACACUAGUUAUGUUCGUUUAUAAUAACUUCCAUAUGUACUUUUUUUUCUGUGUUGGUGUUGUGUACUCAGGUGAAUAUGAUGCUUGUGAUGUUACGCUGAGUGUAUAUCCACACCGGGCGAGCUUGAAAAAUAUGCCUGGUCACGGUGGGAAUCGAACCUAUGACCUCUGGAAUACUGGGCUAGUAUUCCAGAGGUCGUAGGUUCGAUUCCCACCGUGGCCAGGCAUACUUUUCAAGCUUACCCGGUGUGGAUAUACACUCAGUCUCAGAGUAACAUCACAAGCUUCCAUAUACUGCCAACGUGAAUGCCGAAGGGUGCCAAAGGAAUUUAAACAAAUCUUCCCCUGAACGCAGGAUAUUUGUUUUUCAGGGUUGUAAUUAACCCCUUUAUAUUCUCUUACAUUCACAUAGGUAUUGUGUGCAAUACCCUUAAGCAAAGUUCAAUCCAAACUUCAGAAAAUCUGACAGAUAUAUUGGCACUUGUCAGUGAAACUAAUACUGGUGAAAACAGUUUCCUGGAUUCAGAACAAUUUAAAAAAGCAAAGAAAGUUUUCAAACAAGCAGUAAUUGAAGCGAGACGGGCUUUACAUGUAAAAGCACUGAGCUCAGAGGAACGUAUUCUUGCAGCUACUGUUCUCCUUGGAAGCGGAAUGCUUGAACAGUUGGAUGACCCCAAAACGGUUGUCUCUGAUUGUGAACACUAUCUGAACGAUUUGCACAAUCUACUAGCCAUACCGGAAAUAUAUUCAGUGCACUUUAUGAAGGGAAUAAAAUCAUUUUUCAAAAAAGAUUCACGAGCUAGAAUUCUAGAAUCUGUUGCAGCGAUCAGUUUGGUCUUGGCCGAAUUUAUCUCAAAGUUUAGAAAAGAAAGGAUUGCACUUUUCGAUUGGCCUUUGGUAAAACAUGAUGAACAUAAGCUUGCUAUCAAUCCAAUUCUUUACCAACAGAAAAGUAAACAAAAUCUAAAUGAUCAAAGAGAUAGUCCAGUAUGGAACAAUAAAGUACUUCAAGGAGAGAGAAUCCCAAAUCCAAGUGGGAACUGUUCACUUAACAGCAAAGGAGACCUUGUUUGUCUUUUAAGUGGCAAGGAUGAUAAAUGUGGUCUUGGAAAACUCAGCGGAGCCACAGGUGAACUGCAACUGUUUCCUCUUUCUCCUUCCAAAAAUAUAAAGACUGAAAAUAUUAAGUAUUGUUGUGUUGCUGUUGAUGAAGAUGACAGAAUGUAUGUCCUGUCGUGGUAUGAUGAUGAUGUUGGCUACAAGUUAUCAGUCUAUACUAAAGAUGGAGUCAUUCAGUAUCAUUGUGAAGUGAAUGUCCAUAUUGUUCAACAAUCUUGUUACAUUGCUGUGACCAAAGAUAAGAAGAUUGUCAUUUGCGGUGUGGACGAUGAUGGAGAGAUCGUAGUACAUUUAUGCAGAAUUAGUGAAGAUCAAGAGCCACAAAUGCAACUGUUGACAUUAACCACUGAUUUGAGGAAUCAUUUGUUAGAAAGUGUGUUUGUUUCCUGCAAGAAUGAGAUAAUAGUAACAACAAUAAAUGUUACUAAGCAGUCAAAUGUUCUUUACAUCUACACAGAAGAUGGACAGUUACAAAGGACUGUUGAAUUUCGUCCCAGUAAAGGUAACAAAUAUUUGAGUGUUUGUUACAACCAAGACAAUAUCAUUGGUUUUCAUGUUGCCAAUCGCAAGAUAUUUGUGGAAUAUUUGUCUGCUGAAACUGGUGAACUUCAAGUUACUUAUUUAUUAAGUACAACAAACUUUCCAGUAAAUAUAUCCUAUUUUCACCUUGUCUGCCAUACAAAUGGUACACUAGCUUUGAUUGAUGAUAAGCAUGUAAUUUUACUGCGUAAAAUGUAA